AUGGACAAGGACCAUCGAUACGUCGGCACCUACGCCGAGCUCAUGCUGGCCGCCGACUACGCUCGGCCUCGAUACAAGCAGCGCAAGUCGUUCUUCAAGACUGACGCAUACAUCGACGUCGUAUUCUCCGUCUUCAACCGGCCGGAAUCCGACAAGAGCGUCGAGAAGAUGAUGGCUGAUUGCCACCAGAAGUGGUGCGAAGACCUUAUCGACUAUGUCGACAACCACUUUGGCCCCGCUGUCACGGCGUCCGCCGCCUCUGGAAAGCCGAUUCCGGUCUCCCUGACCAAGGAGGCCGGAAAGCUGACCAGCUGGAAGACCUUCCGCGUUUCCCUUGAGGCCAAGUUUCUCGACUUCCUCGAGGACUUCCUCGAGGACCCCCAACAAGGAGGCCCUCCAUGGCUCUCUCGCAGCCAUCAUUACACAGCUUACCAAGCCGCAGACUCUCGUUACGCGUGGAACAAGCCGUCUGAACCCGACUCCGACGGUUACACCGGCUGGAUCGAGAAGCUGCGAGAUCGUGGCGUCGUCCUUCCCCUUGGAAACGGCGUCGGCGUGUUGGACGGAAUCGGCCACAGGCGCGGCGACAAGAUCGUCGACAAGUACCACAAGAAGUACGCUUCGCUCCUUCCGGCCGCCCUGCGCACCGCCCUAACAGCAGUCGCAUGUGGAAUGGACCCCUCCCCAACUGCCCUCGCGUCUGUCAUCAUGACGCACAACAAGUUUGUCCUGAACGGAGACUCAGCAUAUCGUCUUAGCCGUGUGAUGCGAGCCGUCGCCAAGGAGCUUCCCCCUGGCACUAUCCUCAAACAUCCCAACGACUUCGCGGCCCACAUUCCCUCCGGCUACAACCCGUCGAGACACAAGUCGGGGAAAGGCAGUGGCAAGAAGUCGAAGAGAGCGAAGACCCAGGCCACCCAGCUCAAGAAAUGGACGGCGCUGUGGCUGAAAGAUACGGUCCCGUUUCCUUCCCAGCUGUCACCGCCAUGCGACGCGGUCGUCAAUGACCCGAUGUACAGGAUUUUGCGGGACGUCAACCCCACCAAUCGUCUCGCCAUGAUCCUGCACGCAAGGGCCUCAUUUGUUGACACGCUGAAGGCCGACACCGCCAGCUGGCGUGACGCAAUCCGUCGGAACGGUUGCCCAGGCACUGGAUUCCUGGCAGAAGACGGCCUCCCGUCACCUCGGGACGGUCAAGUGGUAUCUUACUACCACUUUACCGAGAUGUGGCUUCAGAUGGACAAUGUGUACCACGACCUUGUUACGAAUCCUACCACCAUGAAGUCGAGGAACGCAAAGGGUCAGACUCUCCAGGCCACUGCACGACUCUUUGGUGUCUGCAGUGGACCUUUUUGCGACAACUCGAGCAUCGUGGUCUUUCAGCCGAUGUCACGUUCUCCAACCACUCUUGGGUUGCCAGGAAAAUCAGGCGGCGUCCACUACUUGCUGUGCGACCGCUGCGCUCGCCGUGACAUCGCCCACGUCGCCAAACAAGUGGCGUUCAUCCGCCAGGCUGCAACCAAGCUGGGGUCGGGAAAGAGCGUCGAGGACCUGCCCGUUGAACAGCGCAUACUCUACGACAGCGACGCCGGUGAGGCCCUCACGCAAGAGACUUGCGGUGACGCCCCCCUCGCCCCGCCGAGUGAGUGGAUGAGCCAGACUGAUCCCGCUGGUCGCUCGCGCAUCCUCGAUUCCCCCGUGGAUUCGAUCCGAGGAGCUGGAGGAGACGUCAACGCCAUCGUCAAGCAGCUGGACACAAACGUCCACACGCUUGACAAUAGCCCUGGAGCAGCUCUCUCCAAUGAGUUCCUGAUGUAA